AUGAUGGGAGGUGAGUCGAAUCCGGAUGGUGCGGGCAUUUAUGGAUCGGAAGAGUGUGACAUCUGUCGCCCGGCGGAUAGCAACGCAGAUCAAUCCCAUGACACCGAGGGCGAUUAUAUUGCGCUCAAGAAAUGGGAACUAGGAUUUCUCAGGCGCGAGUGCGUGAACCUGGGACUGGAGACGUUCUACCAUAAGUAUAUGGAACGAGUACAACGGAGUUAUCUGUCGAUAUUUGUGGUGUUGCAAACGUUCGUCAGUAUCUCGCAUGUGAUCGUCAUCGUGACCGGAAAGCCGCAUCCAACGGCGGCAAUUCAUCCUGAUCUGAUCUGCUACCUAUUCGGGAUUCUUAUCGUGUGGAUAUCACUGUUUGCCGCCUUCAAGGAGGGACUCGUGAAGGCCUACCCUUGGGUACCGUACGUGUCUUCCAGCAUUGCCGUCAUCACAAUGAUCAUUACCGAUCUGACGAUUCCUCUGUACCAUGCGGUUGUCACCUUCAUCAAUCCACCGCUUAGACCCUCCUACGCCAGUCAUACAAUUCUGGCGAUCUACAUAUUUCUUCCGCUCAGCGAAAACAUCCACGGUAUCAUACUGGGUAGUGCGACAUCUCUGUGCUAUCUGAUCGUGAUGACACUGAUCACGUACCGGCUGGAGGAGGAUACCGCACUCAAGGUGAUCACCGAGCUGAUCUACUUCAUCUGUUUGAAUCUGUUUGGAUUGUACUUUCGGCUCAUCAACGAGGUGGCCAUCAGACGCACAUUUCUCGAUCGACGUGAGCUGGUCGAGGGUAACCUAUUGCUAAAGUUUGCCCGCAACCAAGAGAAAGAGCUUCUCCUCAGCAUCCUACCAGAGCAUACGGCCGAAUUAAUGGAGAAGGAUAUACGUGCGAUGAUAGAGAAGAUGCGUCACGAUCAGCAUAAUGCCAAUCAAACGAUCAAUACACAAAACUUCUUCCGAACAGGAACUCAAUGGCGUUCUAUAAACAAACUGUACGUACAGAAACACACCAACGUAACGAUUCUGUAUGCCGAUGUGGUCAACUACACGCACAUGACAACGCAACUGCCCGUCCGCACUCUGGUGGACGUACUGCACGAGCUGUUCGUCAAGUUUGAUGAAGCCUCCAAGGAGUUUAACGUGUUGCGGAUUAAGUUCUUGGGCGAUUGCUACUACUGCGUCUCAGGCGUACCGGUACGCAACAAAUAUCACGCGAAAAGCUGCGUCAACUUGGGCCUGCGCAUGAUCAAGGACAUACGGGAUGUGCGGAUGUCGCGCGAUCUCAACAUCGACAUGCGGAUUGGCAUCCACAGUGGUAGCAUCAUAUCCGGGGUUAUUGGUGCGUGCAAGUGGCAGUACGACAUCUGGUCAAAGGACGUAAUUAUUGCGAACAAGAUGGAGUCUACGGGAGAGGCUGGCAAAGUUCACGUUACAAUGCAAACGCUGGAGCUGCUCGACGGUGAGUAUAUCUUCGAGGAAGGCACACAACAGGCCAAGGAAGAUCCUAUCCUCGUGAAGCACAACAUACAGACGUUCCUGAUCGUUCCACAGCCAGGUUACGAUGAUAGCUCGUUCUUUAACGUCCAAGAGCCUGGUCCGAGCAGUCGCAUGUCCAGCGGGGUGAAAAGGAAAACCAUCAAAAAGGAGCGCAAUCUGGUGACGAGAAACUUUAUGCAAAACUCGAUGGAACAGUUUCGCGAAAUCAUGAAAUUAACGAACGUCGAAAUGGCCUACGAGUUGGAGCGGAUGCCAAUCGGAAGAUUUCAGUUCAACAAACUGUUUUCAUCCUACAAAAGCUACAUCCAAGAACCUUCCCAAACGGCAUCGACGAGAUCGGCAGAGAGUGCUGGGCCACGGUGCAGCAGCAGCGAGGAGGACACCAACCGGCUCGACAAUAUGUCGCCAUUUUUUAUGUGCUUCGAAAACAAGCGUUGGGAGCUGACGUACCUGCAGGAACCGGACCUAAUGCUCAAGUACAGCGUGCUGAUGAGCUUCAUCGUGUUCGUGUGCAUUCUGCUGAUACAGAUCCUUAACGAAGCGUCGGGCAUGUACUUCUGGUUACUGAACGGUCUGUCAGGCGUACUUUUGUUCGCAUUCAUUCCCAUUACGUGGUUCAAGAAGGUGUGGGACGUAUAUACACCCUAUUCGAUCGAUGAUUUGCUGCGUGUCCGGAAGCCUCAAUCGCGUUUGAUGCGAAUAUUCUACGAUUUCUCCAACGACAUUAUGAGCAACUACGUUAUACGGACGGUGAUCUAUCUGAUAACGAUCGCGCUACUCGUGGUGUGUUCGAUGAUGUAUCUGAUCGAGUGUAAUUACGAUUUGUUGGAACAAACGACUACUACUAGUGAGUUGCCUCCAGUGGUUGAUGAUAGUCUUACAAACUUGCUGCAAGACACCCGAGGACCGUUUUCUACGUCGCGUAAAAAUUUCUGCACAAAUCCAUGGUCCGUCACGCAGUGCCUAACGUUAGCGAUAGGAAUGGCCUUCCUAUUUCUAAGGAUACACUUUCUACUAAAGGCCUCCGUCGGUCUUCUCAUCUUCUUCUGCUACUGUUGGGCAAUCUUUGACGAGCUGUACUAUUACUUCGACAGUAGUGCAAGUAUGAACCCUGGCCUCGAUCCGAAAGCCUCUCAUCUAAUGCUAAUUCUGUUCAUCGUAAUCAUAUUUCACUGGAUCGAUCGGCAGUCGGAGUACAUCGCACGAACAGAUUACAACUGGAAACAACAGCUCCUGAAGCAAAAGGAGGAAGCCGAAGUAACGAAACAGACGAACAAAAUCCUAGUGGAAAAUAUUUUGCCGACGCAUGUGGCAGAAAUCUACAUCAAUCGUCAGCUAAAAAACGAGUUCUACAACGAGGAGUACGAAAACGUAGCCGUCAUGUUUGCUACCAUCACAAAUAUGGAGGUCAACACGGACAUCUCGGUGGAAAAUGAGAAAAGUGUGCUGAAGGUGCUGAACGAAAUUAUCUGCGACUUUGACGAACGGCUGCAGUACUUCGAUGGGUACCUAAAGGUGGAGAAAAUAAAGGUCGCCGGUUGGACGUACAUGGCGGCCUGCGGGCUCGAUCCGGGCAGGUGCGAUUCGUCCUCAUCGCUCAGCGGCUAUCGGUCCGUUUCGGGAAUGACCCGUACCUCGCUCAUGACCAACGGCCGUCGCAGCCUUAAUCCGCGCACCUCUCUAGAGGUUACACACAAGGCCAGCACUAGUACGCGGAGCAAUUCCAGCAGCAGCCGGCAGAGCAACAACGUCACAAUCGUGAUGGCCGAGUUUGCGCUCGAGCUAAUGCGAGUGCUGCGAGACUUUAGUAAUGAAAACUUCAAACAAACUAGUCCGGGAUUGCUGCGGGUCGGCAUAUCCCAUGGGAAGGUGAUGGCUGGUGUCGUCGGUUCAAGCAAACCGCUGUACGACAUCUGGGGCAACGCGGUCAACAUGGCAUCGCGGAUGGACUCAACCGGGCGUCCGGGACGUAUUCAGGUGACGAAGGAAAGUGCAGAAGUGUUGCAAAGCUACGGCUAUCAGUGUGACUAUCGGGGAGAAAUUUUCGUCAAGGGUCGUGGGAAAAUUCCCACCUACUUUCUAAAGAUAAGCAACGAUUUGAAGUUCCACCGAAAAUCCUGCGCGACCAGCAUUGGAAAUGAGCAAGCCGAGCAUAUAACGACGAAGCUUUAAUGGAACAAUGUAUUUAUCAAGACUUCCUGUACGUACCAGAAUAUCAGUUGUAAAUAUAGUUGCUAACAAAGAACA